AUGGCACCAACGCUGGACCCAAAGGCGUCCUCGCCGACCGCUGAGGAGCUUUUCGACGGCCUUAACAUCGACGAUAAGAAGUCUUCACGUCCCGAAGGAAGCAGACCUCCCGCAAACCGCCCGCCUGGUCCUCCUGGCCCCGGUCGCCGUGGUCCCCCGCCUCCCGGCCACCGCCCCUCGAGAUCCCAAGAGGAGGCGAUGAGACAGCGCAGAAUGCAAGGCAACGGCAGCGUUAGUGGCGGCCCGCCCCGACCUUCUGGGCCUCCAGGCUCCCCGCAGCGACGACCUCAGGAGCGUCGCCCUCGCCGUAACUCGGAUUCUUCGCUCCUGAUUGACAUCGAAAAGCCGCUUACCGACGAGGAGAAGAAGGCCAAGGAGGCCAGACGUCGUGAGAGGGAGCGCCGCGCUCGCGAAGGAAAGGAGAAGGACCCUAAGAAGCCCAGCCGCCGGAUUGAUGUGAUUGAUCAAUUGGACGCCACUAGCAUCUACGGCACCGGAUUGUUCCACCACGAUGGCCCAUUCGACGCCGCAAACCCCCACCGCAACCGAAAGGGCAGCCGCCGCGCCCCGAUGCAGGCUUUCGCCAAGGACUCGCUCAACAUGUCUUUGGGCGGAGCCGGACCCCUCAACAAGCGUCCCGACCACGCCACUUUCAUGGGUAACAAUGACGGCGACGCGUCUGCUGACUUUGCCUCCGCUGGAGCCAGAGAUCCCUACCAACAGCACAAGAACGAGCCGGCCGUGUUCGAUCCCCGAGCCCGCAGCUCCAUCCUCCACGGCGAGGAGAGCAUGGGUCUCGGUACCUCGACCUUCCUCGAGGGAACUCCCGCCGCACGCACUGCGAUCCAGCGCACCCAGCAAGAGCAGGCUCAGCAGAGCCAGGCCGACGGCUUGAAGCGCAACAAGUCCAUCGCUCAGCGUAUCCGUGGCAUGAAGAGGGAGCCUCGCGAGUACGGACCUGCUGGCCGCAUGACGAAUCCAGAGGGUGCUUACCACUCCCGUAGGUCUCCUGACAGUGCUGGGCCCUCCACCAGCAUCUCGUACACGAGCGAGCGAAACCCGUUCUUCUCCGAGUACGGCAAGGAGCCUGAGAGCAUCUCAGUCAAGCGUACCGACAACGGCGCCAAGUCACCCGGAACCCCUCCGCCGGUCCCCCGUAGAGGCUCUGCCAAUGCCCUCGAGCGUCGCAACACUACUGACGUCAAGUCGCCCACCGAGGAGGCCCCCGGGAAGUCGUCCGGAGGUUUCCUGUCCCGAGUCAAGAGUCUGAAGGGAGGACGCAGACGCCAGGCCUCUGAUGCCAUGGCUCCUCCGGCCCCUGGAACUGCCGCCUAG